GGAGAGAGCGGAGAGGUAUAGGCAUGCUGUGAUACGGCCCUAUAUAUUUGCGGGCAGGACUAUCUUCCUUUUAAAGACAACCUCCUCCUUGCAUUGGUUUCCACUCAGUGAUGUCGCGUAUUUGUGUGGCGCACCUGUAAAGAGCGAGACAGGCAGAAGCCGGCUUUUUUAAUUAUUUGAUUCCUUUUAUUUCUUCUGUUCUUUUUUCCUUUUGUUUCAUGCAUUUGCUGAAAGGAAAUCAUUUCUGUGUUUUGAUUUAAUAAAUAUUUCAUUUCCUCAUUUUAUCUUGUUUGUGUUGGCUUUUAUGUUUCCAAGUUUGAACUAAGAGAGAAGGAAUUCAUCAUUUUACGAGCUAUUGGCCAGGUGUGUCAUUCAGAGAUUGUUUGCCUAAGGACGUCCAUAACUUUCAUUUAUAGAAACGACGGCAACUCCAAACUAACAUGGCAGUCAGACUGUGCGAUGUGGCUUCUCUGCUUAGAAGUGGUUCGUGGGCGCCUGAGCCUUGGACUGGGGUAAUUGCUGCCAUGGAAACACAGCUGUCCAAUGGGCCAACUUGCAACAACACAAGCAACGGUCCUUCAACAAUCUCAAACAACUGCUCCUCACCUGUAGAGUCAGGGAGCAUAGAGGACAGUAAAACUAACUUGAUAGUCAACUAUCUGCCUCAGAACAUGACCCAAGAGGAGCUGAAGAGUUUGUUUGGGAGCAUUGGAGAAAUUGAGUCCUGUAAACUAGUUCGAGACAAAAUAACAGGGCAGAGCCUAGGCUAUGGAUUUGUGAAUUACGUGGACCCGAAGGACGCAGAAAAAGCAAUCAAUACCUUAAAUGGCUUGAGACUUCAGACCAAAACCAUCAAGGUUUCCUAUGCGCGUCCGAGCUCCGCCUCCAUCAGAGAUGCAAAUUUGUAUGUCAGUGGCUUGCCAAAAACCAUGACUCAGAAAGAACUGGAGCAGCUCUUCUCUCAGUAUGGACGCAUCAUUACCUCACGCAUUCUGGUGGACCAGGUGACUGGCGUUUCCAGAGGAGUUGGCUUCAUUCGUUUUGAUCGGCGAGUUGAGGCUGAGGAGGCCAUCAAGGGUCUGAACUGUCAGAAGCCGCCUGGUGCCACCGAACCCAUUACAGUCAAGUUUGCGAACAACCCGAGCCAGAAGACCAGCCAGGCGCUGCUGUCCCAGCUCUAUCAGUCACCCAAUCGAAGGUACCCAGGACCCCUCGCACAGCAGGCACAGCGCUUCAGGUUGGACAAUCUGCUCAACAUGGCCUAUGGAGUCAAAAGCAGGUUCUCCCCGAUGGCCAUUGACGGGGUGACCAGCUUGGCUGGCAUCAACAUCCCGGGGCACGCAGGCACUGGCUGGUGUAUCUUCGUCUACAACCUGGCUCCAGACGCAGAUGAAAGCAUCCUUUGGCAGAUGUUUGGGCCAUUUGGUGCUGUCACAAAUGUCAAGGUUAUCCGCGACUUCAACACAAACAAAUGCAAAGGAUUUGGUUUUGUCACCAUGACAAACUACGACGAGGCAGCUGUGGCCAUCGCCAGCUUGAAUGGAUACCGCCUCGGGGACAGAGUGCUGCAAGUCUCGUUCAAAACCAACAAAACACACAAAGCCUAAUACCACUGAGAUUGUUUCUAGAAAACUCAGCAGAAAAAGGAAACAGAAAAUGGAAGCGCAUUGACCGUAACUUUCUACAUUAGUAAAAACAGCUUUGUAAAUCUUCUCAAUAUUCUUUAAAACAGGAAAAAAGAUUCUGCAGGUUUGAAUGCCUGUGAUGUUAAAUUCUCUUGCUGUCUUUACAGAUGGACCAUCUAAAACGUUACUAUAGGUUUUGUCAUUUUGUUGCACAUCUGCUUUGAAACAGUAAGUCUUGUAAGGUUAUGUGUAGUGAUUUUCUUUGUAUUUUUCUGUGUCCUGAUUUGCCUUAGGUGCGUUAUACCUUCAGUGGUUAGCAAGUACUUAUUUUGAACUAUUUGCAAUUUUGUUGAAUUUGUAAGUAUUCCGUUCAUUGUAAUAUGAGUUGGUUAUUGGUUGGCUGCAUAAUGUUGCUUAUUGUAAACUUAAAGGAUAAAAGAAAAAAAAAAUUCUUAAAGCAGUACCUUGCCAAAGAGCUAAGAACCUCUUUGAUGUGGGUUUAAAAAGCAUCUAUUUUUAUAAAAAGAAAAAUUUGGAGAAACUUUUUACUGGACCUGGAACAAAAUAUUUUGACUUGGAUACUUUGAGAAAUAUCUUCAUAUGACACCUUGUGAGCUUUUGAACUUUACAGGAAAGUUUGCAGUGGUUGAAAUUUCUGGCGAGAUUUAUGAUGUAAAAGAUACCUUUUGAGAUCUUUGUAUUAUCUUUAGAUUAUAGAAUCAAUGGCCGUGCUGGUUUCAUUUGUAAAAUCAUCUGUGGGUCUCCCUGUCAUCCUGGUUGUUAUAUGGCUAGCAACUCGCUUUCCGAUUUGAUUUGGAAACGGACAAAAAUACAAAGAUUUAUUCGCAAAAAGUGCAUGCAAAAUUAUAACGUGGAGAUAUCUUAAAAGGUAAAUGGGGAUAAAAAUCAGUUCUUCCUAAAGGAUUUCCUUCAGAUGGAGCUCAUGGUGUUUUGUGGUGUACCUACGAUAUAUCAUUAGACUGAUUUUUGUCUUAAUAUCAACCAAUAAGGGUUUUUACAUACUUUGUAUGAAAGAUUGAGGACAAGCCAAUGGAGGCAGCAGCUUAAGAAAAACUAGUCUGAAGAAUAGAACGGAUUACUCCUGAGCUUUGAGCUAUGUAAAUAAGUCAUUUUUUAAUUUUUUUUUCUUUUUUUUUAUGUUGAGUAUUUGGCAGACUUCUUUUGGUUCUAGUUUGGACUUCAUCGGAAAGUGUGAUAUUAUAUAUAUCGUUUUCUUCUUUAUUUUAUGGAGUAUGUAAAGUCUUUUCAUUUUGGAUAUAAACUUUUUUCAUUUCAGUUUCCCUUUAUUUGAAAUACUUGAUUUGUUGUCCCAUGGACUAGCAUUACAGUGCAUCAAAUUUGUUGGUUGUUUGGUCUGUAGAUAGUCUUGCUUCGUUUAAAAAAAAAAAAAAGGUAUUAAGAAACUAUAGACAUAUGUUUUGUUUUUUAUAUAUAAACAUUAUAGAUAUAUAUUUAUGUGGUAAAGAAUGGAUAUAAACCACAGUUUUGAACUAUUUGAUUAGUUUUUUUUCCAUACUCAUAUAUAUACGUAAUGCAUAUAACCUGUCUUUAAAAUCGUAAAAAGGUGUAUAUUGCUUUAUUCACUUUGGGGGGAGGUCAGUGAAGCAGUUCCAUUAACGAUAGCAAAAUUGGUUGCAAGAGUUUGUCGAACAUCUAACUCAUCUUGAACAAAUGGAGGCCGGUCGAGCCUUAGAUGCACUGAAUACUGCACCUGCAUCCUGCUUGGUAUUUAAACCAAUUACUAGUCAUGCUUCCCCUUAAAUGAGCAGUGUGCUAUGCAUUAUAUAAUUAUCUUUGCAACUGCUUUUUCUUGUUUAUCUAUUCCUUCUUUGUGUUACUUGUAAAAGUUAAAUUUAAGUCUAGAUGAGUUGUGAUACUUGCUGCUGUGGGGUAGAGACUACAUUUUUCAUGCCUGACCCGUCAUUGUUGAAAUUUUUUUUUUUUUUUUUUUUUUUUUUUUUGUAAGUUCUUCAUGAUUAUUUGGUCUUGACAAAUUGUGCUGAUGGUCUGGCAUGGAAAAAUGUUCGCUCCCACCCCUCUUAUCUCAAUUCUUAAUAUGAGAAUGAUUAUUUAUUUGAAGUUGUAUAGUCUGUAUGACUUGGUUCUCAGCAUUUUUGGAAUAGAAUAUCUUUUGUUGAGUAUUUAAAAGGAUGUACAUGUUCUUUACUUUGUGUUUGGAUACUUUGGAUUUUUUCCAUGUUCAGUACAUCAAUAAAUAAGUUGAAGGGCAAUGCA